GCGCCGGGCGGGUUGCGGUGCGUUGAGAUAAGUUGCGCCUGAAGGCCUGGCUACACUAUGCGUUUUCUGCCUGUAAGACGGCAGCGCGGCGGCCUCAUCUCCCGGCAACCGACCAGACUGGGUGUAGAAUCAGUGGCGACCAUCAAAGUCGUCAUGACAUCUUAUCGUCAGACGCCGUCUGAUAAGAUUACGACUUACGGCCAGCGCAAUGUUUUCUCGAACUCCACAGCGAUCGGUGGAAGCUGCUGACUGCAUACUGCGCUGAAAUUGUGGUUUGGCGCUACCUAGCGGCUGUGAGAGGAAAUAUAUGCCUAGGGAGAUUUUCAAUGUUUUUUUUUUUAAACAAAUAGUCCAAGUCUCAAUUGAUAGUAAUUUACGGCAUAGCAGCCGCAUGACAUGAUGGACUCCCAGAAGUUUUGCCUCAAGUGGGAUGGGUUCCAGAGCAGCAUCACCUCCAUGUUUGACCACCUGCGGCGGGACGGUGAGCUGGUGGAUAUCACACUCUGCUGCGAGGGACAGCGUGUCAAGGCACACAGGAUGAUGCUGUCGGCCUGCAGCCCCUACUUUAGGGAUCUUCUCAAGAACAACUCAUGCCAGCAGAUGGUCAUCUUUCUGAAGGACACCAGUGCCCAGGAUCUGUCUGCCAUCAUUGAGUUCAUGUAUAAGGGCAGUGUGAACGUGUCACAGACGCAGCUGGGGAGCUUCCUGAAGACGGCGGAGAUGCUGCAGAUCAGGGGGCUCAGUGGGGAGGAUGAGAAGCCGUCACCGCCGCCACAGUCGGCGCCGCGGCGCGCCCCGCCCGGUCGUCCCCGGUCACCGCCGUCCAAACGAGCCCGGACCACCGCCUCACCGGCCACCACCGACAGUGAACCUCCCCUUCCACCCCCUCCACCUCCCCCGCCGCCGCCACCGCCGCCGGCAGCCGUGGCGGGGGCGGGGGGAGGGAGCCCACCCGAGUGUGGAUCUGACCUGUCGGCUCCGUCACCUCUGACCUCGCCCGAGGCCAGGGCAGAGGUCACCGGGGCGGAGAGGGCGGCCGGUGUGGACGGAGUGAAGGUGGAAAAGGUGGACCUUAGUGACGAGGACACCUCUCUGGACGCCACUAUCGGUUACGUAGCCGACUACGAGACCUCCUCCCGCUCCGGCCCCGCCUCUGGAGGGGGUGCGAGGGAGUCGGUGGAUCACCUGGGCUCACUGGCGGCUCUCCAGGACGGCAGGAUGGCACGGGAUACGGCGGCGGCCGCGGCGGCUGUGAUGGCUCUGGCGGCUGGUCCUUCUGCUCAGCGACUCCAGCCCUACUGCCUCAACUCACAGGGCGCCGUCAAAAAGAAGAUCUACCCAUGCGACAUUUGCGGCAAAGUGUACCACUACCGCGAUUCCGUGUACCGACACAAACGCACCCACGAGGGCCUCACCGGCUGUUACGUGUGCGGCAAAGUCCUCAGCUGUCUCGCGACACUCCGAGAACAUUUGAGAUUCCAACACGGCAUGUCGCAGACUGAGGUAGCCGGUGUGGUUUCAGCGGCGUCAGCCAGCUCCGCAGCGGCGGCGGCGGCGCUGGCCAUGCCUCCAAUGACGUCAGCGGUGCAGUUGGUGACGUCAUUGGGGUCGCUGGGUGCCGGGAACUCAGGGCUGGGAAGAGUGAAUAAUGCGACGGUGACGGCUGCUGCGGCGGUGCCGCUGAAAGCAACGACACAAGCUUCGUCGUCGUCGUCGUCGACUUUGACGAUGGCGUUGGAUUGGGAAGAAACGGCAUCGACGGCAGGAGAGGCUGUUCCCGGGUCUGUGCCGCCUCCCCGGUCAGCCGAGUAGUGCUGCGGUGGUAAGAGAUGGACUCUUUGAAGGCUGUUCGUUAUGGCGUGCUGUCCCGUAUCGGAGAUCGUUCUAUCGUGGUAUGUCACAUCUGUUCACUUGUUAUGAGAACAUGCAGAAUUAAUUAUUAUCCUUGAUUUAUCGGUGCAUGCACUUUGCACUGUUGACUAUCCCAAGUAGAAUCGAUCGAAUUGUGCGAACGUUCAGAGGAAACAUCAUCUUAUGUUUUCGCCACGUAGUUUUGUUUAGUAAAUGUACUUUUUCGAUUUUUUUCGUACAAACUCAUCGCUAUGCUGGGAUUUUAUCAACUUGUAGAUUGUGAUCAUUCCUUCGUUUUGAUAAAUAUUCUAACCGGAAGCCCUAUACUCACAAUACAGCAUUGAGCUGCGCCUGCUGAAAGAAGCUUUCUACUGUCAUUGGGAAAUGUCGCGCAUGCGCUUGUGUGACUUCCAACUCCCCCUCAAUGGGAGUUUUAGGAGUUUAUCAGGGGUUUUCUGUGUGUCAUCGGAGUUCGGACCCUUCCCUGUUGCCGUCGUAAGGUUCUCAGGGGCUCAGAAAGAUGAUGUCUUGUAGUGCACUGUGCACAACUGCCUUGUUAUAAUCGACCGAAAGAGAUUCGGCCUUAGCAGUACACGGAUAUGCUGUAUUUUCUAUUGAUUAUACUGGGUGCUUUUUGAUGAUGAUUGCAUGCGUGACUUCACUCAUGGCACUUAGGUUAACGACUAACGAGUGACGUCAUAUUGUGCGUGGAUAUUUUGUCUCCGCCUGACGAGGCAAGAGUUUUCCGAGAAAUUGGAAUUAUUUCUACGAGUGCACUGUUGAUUAGUAAAUACACUGAUCAAGCGAAAUA